AUGAGGUACAUUCCCACGGUAGUUGCCCUGACGGCGGCGCUGGCUCGCCCAGCUACUGCGCACUACAUCUUCAGCAAACUCGUGCUGAACGGCCAGGAGUCGCAGGACUGGCAGUACAUUCGGCAGACGACUCGGAGUGAAUGUUACAUGCCCACCAAGUGGACCUCCACUUACGACAAUCUGACUCCCAGUGACAGCGAUUUCCGCUGUAACCUAGGCUCGUUCAGCAACGCCGCCAAGACCGAGGUUGCAGAGGUCGCGGCCGGCGAUACGAUAGCGAUGAAGCUCUUCUACGAUGGUACGAUUGCGCAUCCCGGACCGGGCCAAGUUUAUAUGUCCAAGGCGCCAACUGGGAAUGUCCAGGAGUAUGAAGGCGAUGGCGAAUGGUUCAAGAUCUGGGAAAAGACCCUGUGUGAUGAGAGUGGCGACCUCACCAAGGGUGCCUGGUGCACCUACGGCAUGUCGGAGUUUGAGUUCCAGAUCCCCGAAGCGACUCCCCCCGGCGAGUAUCUCGUUCGUGCUGAACAUGUGGGUCUUCAUGGCGCGCAAAACAACGAGGCCGAGUUCUUCUACAGCUGCGCCCAAGUCAAGGUCACCGGCUCCGGCGGCGGGGCCCCGAGCCGUACGUACCAGAUUCCCGGUAUUUACAACGACAGCAUGACGCUUUUCAACGGUCUCAACCUCUGGACAGACUCUGCGGACAAGGUAGAGACGGAUAUUCUGGACACGCCUAUUGGGGAUGACGUGUGGAAGUGA